AUGGAACCAGGAAAGGCUUCGAAUAAUUUGAAGGAGGACCAGAGCCAGAAACGAGAGCCUUCAACAUCUACAGGCUCUAAAGCAUCCAGACCGAGGCGUGGAAGGCCUGCCGGUGCAAACCGGACCCCUCUGUCCUUGGAAGAAAGGCGCGCUAGGAACGCUCAGUAUGAGCGUGAAAGGCGAGAGGACUUGGCCGAAGCUCACUCGGAGCUAGCAGAGGCCGCGGGCUGUGAUCCUAAUAUAUCGACGGACGACUUGAUGAGACUCGUCAUCACAAAACUCCAGCAGAAGAUUCCUGCAGAAGACAUUAGGCUGGCUAAUGUAGAUCUGGAGGCACAAAUUGCCAAAUGUAUCGAGCAGUUGCCUCCGGAUUACAUCGUCAGCGAUGAUGAAGAGGAGGUGCAGCCGGAAGAGCCCAACACUCGAAAACGGAAACCAUCACAUCGUGAUACGUUUAGUGAUGACAAACGUAUGCGGCUCGGUGGGAUGCAAAUGCCAGCAGUGGGUUGGAUGAUAUCGCCUGCUGACUUUGCCGAAGCCGUACCCGGACCACGAAAUUACGAGUGGGAAGACGUAGACGCUUUCUUGGCCGAACAGCUGUCCUCGUUUAACGCCGAGUCACCACCGGUAGUGCCAUCAGUGGCAUUACCACCUAACCCACCGAUGACACCACUGGCGACACAACGGCCACGAAAUUACGAGUGGGAGGACGUCGAUGCUUUCUUGGCCGAACAGCUGUCCUCAUUUAACGCCGAGUCACCACCGGUAGUGCCAUCAGUGGCAUUACCACCUAACCCACCGAUGACGCUACUGGAGACGCCACGGCCACUAAAUUACGAGUGGGAAGACGUAGACGCUUUCUAUGCACGGCCAGAGGCGACACCUUACCCACCGAUGACACCACUGGAGACGCCACUGCUACGAAAUUACGACUGGGAAGACUUAGAUAAUUUCUAUGCACGGCCAGAGGCGACACCUAACCCACCGAUGACACCACUGGCGACGCCACUGCUACGAAAUUACGACUGGGAAGACUUAGAUAAUUUCUAUGCGCGGCCAGAGCCGACACGUAACCCACCGAUGACACCACUUGACUGGCAACGCCACCGUACCAGCGCUUCCAGUCACAACAAUACUUUAAUCCAGCACCAGCACCGUCACUACCACAACGGCAGCCAGGAAUUUGAGCAACCGAUUAUAAUGAUGGCUUUGUGGCCGUCUUAUGCGUAG